AUGAGCCCCCUGAACUCAACCUUCUUUAGAAACACCAGUAUUGUGCGUCCUGACUUCUUUUUCAUUAGUGGCCUUGCGGUUAUUCCUCACAUAAAAUUCUACUAUGUCUUCUUAUGCUUUGUAUAUGCUCUGACUCUACUGGGAAACACCUUUGUCAUGUUUAUGAUUUACACUGACCACUGUCUUCACAGUCCAAAGUACAUUGCAGUUUUUAAUUUGGCUCUGUGUGACUUGUGUGGAAGCACUGCAUGCAUUCCUCAGAUGAUUGACACCUUCCUGUUUAAAUCACAGUUAAUCUCUUUUGAGGCCUGCUUGACUAAUCUGUAUUUUGUUUUCUUUUUUAUCGCUCUACAAUCUUUCACUCUCACUGUUUUAUCCUAUGAUAGAUGUGUUGCUAUAUGUGUUCCACUGAGAUACAAUGACAUUGUGACUAGUAGGUCAAUAUUGGUCAUCAUAGCCAUAUUAUGGAUUUUUGCAGGAGUGAUCAUUCUCGUAGCUGUGGUAUUCAUCACCACACUGUCAUUCUGCAAAUCCACUGUGAUAGACAGCUAUAUCUGUGACCAUGGACCCAUUUGGCGGUUGGCGUGCAAUGACAACACUCCAAGUAGGAUGAUUAAUUGGACACAUUCUUUUGUGAUUCUGUGGUGUCCAGUGCUUUUUAUCACAGGUACAUACAUUUGUAUAGGUGUGGCAUUAUUAAAAAUCGCAGUGGCCUCAGAGCGCCUCAAAGCCAUGCAAACCUGCACCUCUCAUUUGAUCUUGGUGAGUGUGUUUUACCUUCCUAUCUGCAUCAAUGGAGCAAUGGGCUCAAGCAUGCACCAGCACAAAAGGAUCAUUAACAUGUCACUGACGACUGUCUUGCCGCCUGUGCUGAAUCCAAUCAUUUACACACUGAAGACAGAAGAAUUCAGAGAAUCCAUUAAAAAGCUGUACAGAAGAAACAAGAUAAAUGUCACUAAAGUAGCAGUGACAUUCGGCAAGUGCUUUUCUAAGAUGAGGCACAAGUGUCCUUUUGGGAACCCACUCCUUACUUUCACACUGCAGUUCACAAUUUCAGCUCAUAAAGAGGAGCGCACCCAUGCAGGGUUCACCGGAGGAACAGAUCAAAGGGCACAAAAGUGGCCCAAAGCUGUUGAAGAGAGAGAGUGGGAAACAGUCAACAACGACCCGACAAAGAUCUCGGAGCAACAAGUGGGCACAGCAGAGAAAAAGCUGGAAAGGAUGGGAAACAUCAUCUACCAUUACGGAGAAGAGCGCUUUGGAGUGAACAUAAGGAGAAGUGACAAAGCAACACCAGCACCAGCCAAAUCCAGGAGGCAGCAAGAGAUCGAAAGACUGGUCGAGAAGACCAGUCGAGAGAGAAGGCAGCUGAGAAAGCAGUGGAAGAAGGUCUCUGAUGCAGAGAGAGAUGGUCUCAUGCUACUCCAGGGGGACAUCAAAUGCCGGUUGGCAACCUUGCGAAGAGCAGAGAACUUGAGGAAACUUCGCAAGAGGAAGGAACACACAAGAACAUGGUUCUAUAAAAACCCCUUCAAGAUAUAA